AAAAAUGUCCACACAACAACAAGAACUUUCCAUUCCACCACUUUUCCAACCAUUCACCGUUAGAGGCUUAACAUUAAAGAAUCGAAUUGUCGUUUCUCCAAUGUGUCAGUACUCAGCAACUGAUGGAUUUGCUAAUUUCUGGCAUGUCCAACAUAUUGGCAGUAGAAUUGUCGGUGGAGCAGGUUUAUUUAUCGUAGAAGCAACUGGUGUUUCAGAUGUUGGUAGAAUUUCUCCAGGCUGCUUGGGAAUUUACAAAGAUGAACAUGUUGACAUGUUGUCAAAAAUUGUUCAAUUUGCCCAUGAACAAGGAGGUCAUAUCGGUUUACAAUUGAAUCAUGCCGGACGAAAGGCAUCAACAGGAAGACUUUGGGAAGCGAAUAGUAGAAAAGCACUCACAAAUGAACAAGGAGGAUGGGAUGUUGUAGGUCCAUCUCCAAUUGCAUUCGAUGAACAUCAUAGAAUUCCAGCAGAGUUGACCAUUGUGGAAAUUCAAGAGGUGAUUCAGCAAUUUGUGGAUGCUGCAAAGAGAGCUAUUAAGGCAGGAUUUGAUUUAAUUGAGAUUCAUGGAGCUCAUGGUUAUUUAAUUUCUUCAUUUCUUUCACAAACUUCGAAUAAGAGAAGUGAUGAAUAUGGUGGAUGUUUCGAAAAUCGUAUUCGAUUCUUGGUUGAAUUAGUUGAAAGAAUUAGAGCGAAUAUUCCAAGUGAAAUGCCUUUAUUUGUGAGAAUUUCAGCAGAUGAAUAUGUUGGUGAUGAAGGAUGGACCAUGAAAGAUACUACAGAGCUAGCCAAAAUUUUACAAAAAUGUGGAGUUGACUUGUUGGAUUGUUCUUCAGGUGGCAACAAUGCAAAUGCCAAAUUACUUUCCCCAACUUCCAUUGUUCAAGGUUAUCAAGUUCCAUUCUCUGAAGGUGUCAAGAAAUCAGUUGAUGGAUUGGCAACUGGCGCUGUCGGUAAAAUUAAGGAUGCUCAAUUUGCUAAUGAUUUAAUUAAGGAUCAAAAGGCGGAUUUGGUUUUAAUUGGAAGACAGGAAUUGAAUGAUCCUUAUUGGCCAAUUAGAGCUGCUCAUGAAUUGGAAUAUCAAGUGGCAGUUCCUCCUCAAUAUUUAUUUGCAUUUCCUAGAAAGCAUUAAAGUGUGAAAAUGAUUAUUAAUUGUAAAUAAUUAGAAACACUUAAAAUAAACCUCAACCUUUAAAAC